AUGUCUUCUACCGACGACGAAGCCGGCCGUAUUACUUUCGAGCUUUACAAUGACAUUGUGCCCAAGACGGCCGAGAACUUCCGCGCCUUGUGCACCGGCGAGAAGGGCGUUGGCAAGUUGGGCAAGCCGCUACACUACAAGGGCUCCACGUUCCACCGUGUUAUCAAGCAGUUCAUGAUCCAGGGUGGUGACUUCACCGCUGGAAACGGCACCGGUGGCGAGUCCAUCUACGGCGCCAAGUUCGAGGACGAGAACUUCCAGUUGAAGCACGACCGUCCAUUCCUUCUGUCCAUGGCCAACGCUGGUCCCGGCACGAACGGCUCCCAGUUCUUCGUCACCACCGUUCCUACCCCACAUCUUGAUGGCAAGCACGUCGUCUUUGGCGAGGUGCUGAGCGGCAAGUCAGUCGUCAGACAGAUUGAGAACCUGAAGACCCAGAACGACAAGCCCACCAAGGAGGCCGUCAUUGCCGACUGCGGCGAGCUUAGCGGCGAUGCAGCUGUGAGCGCCGACACUAAGACUGCCGACGCCUACGGCGACGAAUACGAGGACUUCCCCGAGGACGAAGCCACCGACGGCCAGCCCCUCUCUGCCUCCAAGAUUCUCAAGAUUGCGACCGACUGCAAGGAUUUUGGCAACAAGGCCUUCAAGGCCGGCGACCUCCCCGUGGCCCUCGACAAGUAUCAGAAGGGUCUGCGCUACCUGAACGAGGAUCCCGAGCUUGACAAUGAGCCGGCUGAUACAAAGGCAAAGUUGGACGCCCUGCGCGUCUCGCUCAACAGCAACGCGGCUCUCAUGAACAUGAAGCUGAGCGCUUGGGAUGAGUGCGUCCGCAGCGCCGACAGCGCGCUUGCUGUUGCCGCCAUCUCAGACAAGGACAAGGCCAAGGCUCUCUACCGCAGGGGUUACGCCCAGGUGCGCAUGAAGGACGAGGACAGCGCCUUGACGAGUCUGGAGGAGGCCAAGAAGAUUGCGCCUGAAGAUGCCGCCAUUCUCAAUGAGCUGGCGGCUGUCAAGAAGGCUGCCGCGGCUAGAUUGGCCAAGGAGAAGGCCGCCUUCAAGAAGUUCUUUUCUUGA